AUGGCCGUCAAUGGUUUAAAUCCACAAGUACAAAGGGACAUUGUGGGCAGUUCUGGUGGACAAGCACUGGAUUUAGCAUUUGUUAUGGACUGUACUGGGAGCAUGGGAUCGUAUAUAGAUACUGCCAGACAACAUAUCCAGGCCAUUGUUGACGAAAUUGUAACUUCUUCCAACACCACUGUUCGCUUAGCAUUGAUUGAAUAUCGAGAUCAUCCUCCGCAGGAUAAUACGUUUGUUACAAAAACAUAUAAUUUUACCGAUUCCGUGUUCAGGAUGAAAAUUUGGCUAAAUGCUGCGCGCGCCACUGGAGGUGGGGAUGGUCCCGAGGCAGUGGCUGAAGCUUUGUUCAAAGCCACGAAACUAUCAUGGCGUCCCGAGGCCACCAAAAUAACUGUACUGAUUUCUGAUGCACCUCCUCAUGGACUUGUUCCGUCGCAAGACAGUUCAUUUCCAAACGGAUCUCCUACUGGACACGAUCCAAUGAAGAUAGUUCGUGACCUAGCUCAAAUGGGUGUGACCUUAUAUGUUAUUGGUUGUGAACCAGCUAUACUUCCGUAUAAAGACUUUUUCAUGGCACUUGACUAUUUGGCCGGUGGGCAAUACGUACCUCUGUCAAGGCCGGAGCUUCUGGUUGAUGUUAUAACAGGUGGUGCACAAGAAGAACUGUCAAUUCAAAAAUUCGAUAAGCUCGUGCAGGCUGAGGUCCAGAAAGCAAUUGCAGCAGGAGGCCCUAUUAAUAAAGAGAAAAUUUCACAAACUGUAUAUAACGAGCUAGUUAAUUCGGGAGCAACGUCGACUCAUUUGUUAUUAAACAAUGCAACGUUAGAAGGCACAACUGAUGCCGCAAAACAACUAGCAUCGGCUACAUCCAUGGCGGAAGUACGACUACAUUUCCAUAUGGCAACUGCAAAACCUUACACUUAUCCAACAUAUAUUCCAGGACACCCUUAUCCAACGUAUGUUCCAGGAAAGUAUGCACCACUUCCUACUCUUGGUCCAAGAUACACUUAUCCACCAGGAUAUACGGGGAAGCCUUUUCCACCAGAUCUUCCAUCGACUAAAGCAAUAUAUCUUACUCCGGGUCCGGGAUUCACAUAUCCACCGUCUGGUACAUAUAAACCAGGAGCGUUAACAGGAUUAGGAGGUUCAGGUACAGGAACAGGAACAGGGACGGGAACAGGAACGUUAACAGGAUCAGGAGGUUCCGGUUCCGGUUCAGGUACAGGAGACACAUAUAGUGCUGUUCAUUCGGGAAUUAGUAUCGACCAAGUCGACAGAUUAGUACAGAAAGCUUUUGGUUGA